AGUGCAGCCCUAGAAGCAGCAGGGCCUUCUCGCCUUUGUGGUUACAGAAAGAGAAGAUGGCUCCCGUUCUGGAGAAACAGCUCCCGGGCGCAGCCGGGGCAGGCGACAAUAACAACGAGGAAGAAGAAGGACAAAACCUCUGGACCUCCAUACUGAGUGAAGUUUCAACAACAUCAAGUUCAAAGUUGCCAUCAGGAAAAAACAUCCUGAUAUUUGGUGAGGAUGGAUCGGGCAAAACGUCACUCAUGACCAAACUUCAAGGAGUUGAACACAACAAGAAAGGACGGGGACUGGAGUAUCUGUACCUAAAUGUGCACGAUGAGGACAGAGACGACCUCACCCGGUGUAACGUGUGGAUCCUGGAUGGAGACGUUUAUCACAAAGGCCUUCUCAAGUUUGCUGUUUCAGCUCAGUCACUACCUGACUGUCUAGCUGUGUUUGUAGCGGACAUGUCACGGCCCUGGACCAUUAUGGAGUCGCUGCAGAAGUGGGCAAGUGUUCUACGUGACCAUGUGGACAAGCUCAAGAUGGCACCUGAGGACAUGAGAGAAUUGGAGCAGAAGAUUGUUAAAGCAUUUCAAGAGUAUGCAGAACCAGAAGAGGCCACCCAACCCUCCCCGCAGAGACGACCUCUAGCAGCAGGAGAGGACGAGGCUGUUGUGCUACCACUCGGGGACAACACACUCACACAUAACCUGGGCAUUCCAGUGCUAAUAGUUUGCACAAAGUGUGACGCAGUCGGCGUACUAGAGAAGGAGCAUGACUACAGAGAAGAGCACUUUGAUUUUAUCCAGUCCCACAUCAGGAGAUUUUGCUUACAGUAUGGAGCUGGCCUGAUCUACACGUCAGUGAAAGAGGAGAAGAACCUGGAUCUGCUUUACAAAUAUAUAGUUCAUAAGAUGUACGAGUUCCAGUUCACCACAUCUGCCUUAGUGGUGGAGAAGGACGCAGUGUUCAUUCCGUCUGGAUGGGAUAAUGAGAAGAAAAUUGGGAUUUUGCAUGAAAACAUUACAACAGUCAGGCCUGAAGAUCCAUUUGAGGAUUUCAUCUCAAAGCCUCCAGUCAGAAAGCUGGUUCAUGACAAAGAGAUAAAUGCAGAGGAUGAGCAGGUAUUCCUGAUGAAGCAGCAGUCUUUGUUAGCAAAGCAGCCAGCCACACCAACAAGAGGAGCAACAGAGUCUCCAGGGCGGACAGCCUCAGGAUCUCCACGGCCUGCAGGUCGCGCUGGCCAACCCACAGUGGCCAGCAACUCACCGAUGGCUGCAGUCAAAAAGCCGGACCCCAACAUGAAAGCGGGAGCUGCCAACGAGGGAGUGCUGGCUAACUUCUUCAACAGUCUGUUGAGUAAAAAGACUGGAUCCCCAGGAGGCCCAGGAAGCCCAGGAAGCCCAGGAAGUGGAGCAGUUGGAGCCGGAGUGCAAGGGUCUGCCAAGAAAACAGGGCAGAAGCCGGGUUUGACUGACGUCCAGGCCGAGUUGGACCGGAUGACUCGCAAACAAGACUCCUUGGUUUCAGCUAACAACAUACCACCGCCGACGGAGAACGAAGCGUGAAGGCAACAAAAACAGCUGCAUCGUCCACUGCAUUAUUACUCUGGAAAACAAAAAACAUGCACAUGUGAGCAUAAAAAAAAAAAGACUAAAAUUCCCAACGUCUAUAUCAGUCAGCACACGUGGUGGUUUAACCAAAACGAGUUUCAGAUGCUAUCAGAUAUUUUUGGAGUUCUGGUGAUGAGGGGAGAGUGAAAGAAGAGAUGUGGAGGUGUUAAUGAGAUGAUAAGUGCUAAAGGCUCGGCUUUAUUUCUGGCCUCUCUUCCACUGAUGUGUUAUUCUAUGAGGGAUGUCAGUGAAUGGAAACGUGUGCACACUCCCUGGCAGUGCCGGGCUGCAGGUCCUCCGUGUUUCUGGGAUAAAGCUCCCUCUCCUGAUGGUGGAAAUAUCCGAGCUCCUGCGGCCUUUAGUUCAGCUUGUCUUGUUGGAAGGAAUUUGGUUGCAAUUGGAAAGGUAUUUAAACUUUAUAUAUAUUAAUUGAACAUAACUAAAAAUACUUGCAAACACAUGUAGUAUGUAAAAAAAAAAUGUUGGAUAUGAUACUGAUGUAUUUAUACAAAGUUCCUCCUCUUUAUUUUAUUCUGUGCAUCAUUCAUUGGUUUAAGGAAACUUUCGACUGUAUCGCAUAACAUGUUAAAACGCCACUGACGUCAUGACACUAAUAUGACCGGUCCACAUCGCUGAUAGCAUAUCAUAUCAUUUACCCAAGUCAUCUCGAAGGAUUCUGUAAAUAUAAGUACAAACAAAUCUAUUCAGGUUAACUUGAUUUUGUAUAAAAAUGCAAUUCUGUCCAAAUCUGAGAAUAGCGUCUUUGACUAAAUGAGAGUGGUUGGGAAUUGACAGGCUUAGAGGCUGCAACAGAAUCGCUUCUUUUGCUACAAGUGUGUAUAUUUGGGGAGGGGGUUGGGCAGCAUCUUUCCUACUAUAACUCCUAAGUGCCUCGCACAGUUAGCUGUUUAUGUCAUAGUAGAGGUGCUCGUCUACAUAAGAGGAUAUGCACUGUAGCAUCAUCGGUUUAGAGGUUCUUGUCCUGUUUCUUUUUUUUUUUUUUGUCAUCCAAAUAAUUUAUUUUGUUUUACAUUCUUGUUAAUGUACAACAAACCUGUGGUCUCGUUAUUUUCCAGAAAUAAGAUUUCUGUGGCCUCGUUGAUCAUGUUCAAUAGAGCAAUAGAUUGAAUGAUUUCUUACAAACUGUAAAGGCUGCUGAUAUAUUAAGAAACUAAAACAACCACGUGUUGGAACUUUGGGUCCCCCUCGACGAACAUGGAACGUGGGUGAAACCACUCGUUUGCAGCCAAAAAGACACGACGAUGUGCUGUGGUUUGAACAAAAAUGACAUAUUGUAUCCUGCAGUUUUUGACAGCGCUGUCCUCUUUUGGUUUCACAUGUUUUAUCCACCCCACUGUGUUUUUGCAUGUCAGUUUAAAACAUUCCCAGUUUCUACAUGUAGUAGUUGUAGAAACUCGUCCCCUGUCAGGUCUUUUUAGUUCUUCUCUUCAGUGCCCAUUCAAAAUGACAACCUUUGCCUUCAAUGUACAGCUAACUGUGUUUCACGCCGGGCACCCUGCCUUCACAGGAACGCUCCUAAUUAAUUUCCUUAAGGGGUUGCUUAAUUGUCUUAUGUAACUGUUUUUUUUUUAUUAUGAUACUGCACCAUAUCAGAAAUCUGUAAUAUUAUGGUUUCAUGACGCCAUAAUCAAAUUAAGUACGUGUACAUUAUCAUACGACUGUAUGCAAGGCCCUACUUAAUCCUAUGGAUAGUUUUCAUCAGUAGCUUUCACAGAGUUAAAUGCAAGUGUUGAAGAGAGCAGCUAAUUGCUAUCCAAACGAUAGCAAGCAAGGAAAACUGGAGUGAAUUGGAACAAUGAACCAAAGAUGCAUAUUAGUCACUACGCUCUGCUUUUAGAGUCUGCAGUCAUCCAUAAGAUUAACCAGCGGCCGUUUGUCACGUCCCACUUUGCAUGGAGCCCUCGCAUUCCACAUUUCAGGCCUAACAUUGAGCUCUUAUCUUGAAAUGCGACCUAAAAAAAAAAAGGAGAGAUAAGCCUUACUCCACUCUGCUGUAUCUUCGGUUUGAGACAUCAGCUGCAGCUUGUAGUAAAUUCUCUAAAUUUGAAUCCAGCAAGGAGAUAACCGUGAGACCCGUUAUGUACUCAGUUUGCUUUAUGCAUGAUUUAUUUUCAUUCUCGGUUUCUUUUGAUCAAAAUAAGCUCUUAUUGUUUCAUUUCUUUCUGAUUCUGUCCUUUUUUGUGACUGGGUGGGUCACACCUGAGGGUCUACUGGGGACGUGGAUGAAGCACAAUUUUUAAGCACCCACUCAUGUUGGAGUAAGCACUUUUCCUCGGACAGUUUAAGAUACAGAAUGCAUCUUCUUCUUUCUUUGCCUUUGCCUUUUUUUUUAUUAGAAGAUUUAGUGUUUAACUCGAGCAGUUAACCUUCACUACGAACUUAAUUAUUUAUCUGCAUUUGCUGCUUCAGUUAUGUAAGCUGCCCCUGGUGGUUAACUAUGGAAUAACGUCUCUGUACCGGUGAUAUCGAUCAUUAAAAAUCACUCAUCUUGAAAUAUGAUGCUUUUGGGACAUCUUAAAGUAGAUCAACCAAAAACCAUGAUCCCUUCAUUUUCAGGGUUGUCUUUCUUGCCUAUAAACGUCUCAUUAUUCGUGUUUACAUCUUUAUUUGGCGUGUUAUGUUUGUCAUGAAUAUUUACAAUUAAAGAAGAAUUUGUAACGUCAUCUACCACCCUGAUAUUUCUUCUUAAACACGUCCACACUUGUUAUAAUUUGGCGUUUAUCUGAGUGGAAUGAAGUGCUCUCAUGCUGCUUGGUUUCUUUGUAAAGAUCGGACAUUGCUCCCACGAUUGAUCACUGAACAGACGUUGUUACUUUUGUACUUAAUCGUCAGAGGAAGCUACCGCCUCGUCACAUCCUAACUGAAUUGCCUUCGACCACUAUCGACAGUCUGCUUCUAUACGAGACUUUGAGCUUCUGCUUCCAGCCCUUUUUGUAUUCAGGAUAUCAAGACAUUGUAAGCACAUGGCUGGCUGCAUUUUUGUGUCCUGAUAUAAUUCAGAAGUUUGAUUGUAUGACUUUAACACAAUUCUGUAGCCUCUAAGCUGCCAUGUGGAUUCUUGCUUCUUACGCCGACAAAGAUAAGGAAAAUGUUUAUCAGACCCCUGGCUUCAAUAAAACCAAGAAUACAAACUUUG